UGAGGGAUAGAGACAGAAAGCAAGGAAGAAAGAAAUUAAACAACCCUAAUCUCAGUGGCUGGUUGAGUCAGUGUAUGAGUGGUUGGAGUUAAGAGUGAUGCACACACAUAUAUAUAACAAGGUGCAGGACAACACUUUGCCAAAAAUGGGAGGUUAUGAGAUUUUAUAUCUGACUCACUCACCAGAAUUCAGGAGAGAGAGAGAGAGAGAGAGAGCAUUGUGAAUCAACAUGGAUGUUUGUGAUGAGAAUGGUGACAAGGCUCACAAGAAAUUAUGCAUGUUAAUUGAAUAUUCGAAGGAGGGAACACACACUAGAGAUACUGACAGAAGAGAGUGAGCACAUGCUGUUGGUGAUUGUAUGAGGGCAUACAAUUGUGGGUGUGUGCUCACUUCUCUUUCUGUCAGCUUCUCAUUUUCUUUUCUUUAAGUGUGUUUUCUCUCCUCAUCUCUCUAACUUCCUUCUCCGUGACUAUGAUAAUCUCAUUCUCUUUUCUAACUCAUGCUUCACUACUUAGUGUAAUUCUUUUUUUCCAUUUUUUGUUUUAAAUUUCCACUCACUGUUGAGUCCCCUUUAUUAUGGUUGGUUCAAACUUGUCUCAUCCUUCGAGCUAGUCUUCUCUCUCAGUCAAUGGAUGGUGUAUAAUUGUAUAACCUUUCAAAUGACUUGUAUUUUAUGGUCUUCUUUAAUAUGUUAAGUGUGCUUGUGUGACAAAUAAUGGAGGGCUGAAACAAGAAAUAAAUUUCAAGUUCAAAUUUUGGUGGUAAGGGUGCACAAACUUCUAUAUAUAUUAAUAUGUAAUUCACAUAUUUGCAUUUUUUUUUUGCUGUUCCAGUACCGUAUUCUGAUCCUUAUCUGUUUGAGUUUGCUCUAUUUCUUUUCCCUUUUAAUUCUUAUAAGGUACUAUUAUCAGAUAAUAAUAUUAUAUAUGUAAUAUCAUGAUUUCUGCAAUUGUGAUGGAGUUUCAAAGCGUGACUUUUUAUGGUACUUUCCUUCAUGGUGUUGGAGCACGAAAUCCAAACGGAGGUCUUCAAGGUACGCCUUGAUACUAUUCAUACUUUAACGGAAAAAAAUUGUUUUUUUGGAUGAAGUUUCAUCAAACCCUUGUUUUUCUCUUCUUGCCUUUCUCUUCCUCUCCUUCUGCUUCUUUUCGACUAUGCUGAACUUUUUUCACCCUCAAAUUUGUCCACAAUUGUGCACGACCCGCUUAGGUUCAGAGAAACCACGAAUGGAAAAUUAUGGGUUUAAAUUUUAUGUUUUAAAGUUUUGAAUUUGAAGGGUCAGAAUGAGAUUGCAUAUAUCUUGGAUCUGUCUCUUCGAAUGCCGUUUUGUUUGUAGCCUUUGACGAGGUAAAGGAAAGCCGAAGGAGAAUGCAUCAGGCUUCUAAAUAUGGCAAGAUUUGUUCUUUCCCCUCGUGUGUUGAUGAUAUAUAUGCAUUUGUUUUCUACUGAGGUUAAGGGAAUUCAAGCUACAAUCUUGAACCUUCCUUAUAAAGUUUCAGGAUUAUGUCAUAGAUUUAAUCAAGAGAGGGAAGGAAGGAGGGAGGGAGGAGAAGCAAGGCUGCAAAUGAAUGUUCUAUUGGAAAGAGCAAUUUUUUGCUUCUCAAAAAUGGUGCUUUGGAAUGAGUGCACAGGCUUGGGAAUUUAUGCCAAUGGAAAUUUAAGUGUUUUGCUGCAGAAUCAUAAUGGAAGAGUACAUGUUAAGCAUGAUACCAAGUGGUAGGGAAAAUGUUAAAUCAGAAGAUGCAUACAAAAAUGCUUCUAUUCCAACUGACAAUAUGACAAUGAGAAAAACUGGGAACUGGAUUGCACAAAUAUGUCAUAAUAAUAGUUUGCAGUUUUGGUUAAGAUCCUUCAUACCCUUGCACAGUUACAUGAUGCUAUUAUGCCUUAAGCUAUCAAGUUUGGUGACUAUAGUAAGAUUUUCAAAGUCAAUAUAGUAAAAGGUUAUGCUCAAGUAAUCAUCUUAGCUUGCAUAUGAUGCAAUAAAUAAGGAGGUUCUCAGUUAGGGUUGUUGAUGUGAAGAAUGAACUAGACAAACCAUUAAUUGCUUCAGUGAUUUUUUCUAUAAUUGUGGAAGAAAAUGCACAAGUUGGUGUAGUCGUAGUGGGAGACAUUGCAUCGUUUUGAUGACAUGCAGCUGCUAUCAGAAUUAUGGUUUUGAGCACAGCAUUGGAAGUAUUAGUGAAGAAAAGGCUUAUCAUGUUGAUGAUGUUAUUUUAUUUGACUGUGUUAGACUGACGAAUAAAAAUAUGUCAAAGACAUUCCACAUGAUUGACCUUGAUGGAAAUUAAGGUUGUAUUAACUAGCAGUUGCAAAGGUGUAACUUGAUUUGAAACCUGAACCAAGCAUGGAUGUGCUAUAUAUUUUUAUUUUUCAUACU